AUGGCGAUGGGGAUAAUUCCAGGCUCCGACAUCAAGCCCUGGGCCCGCGCAGCCCCGCGGGGGUAUCUCUUCACCAACGCCAACAUCGUGGAUGUACAAGAGGGCCGUAUCCUGGAGAAUGCCAGCCUCAUCACCCGCCACGGGAAGAUCGAAUCCGUCUCUACAGCUUCUUCUUCGUCGUCGCCAGAACCUCCUUUCCCUUCUGACGUGAAAGUCAUCGACUGCCAAGGCCACUAUCUAUGCCCGGGCCUCUUCGACGCCCACGUCCACCUGUGCGCCGUCCCCGGUUAUAAAGACCUCUCCAAAGCAUUCGGCAACUCAGACCACGCAUCCCUACUGCGACAGCCCUUCGUCGCGGCCCAGAUGCUGCACCGCGGCUUCACGAGCGUCCGCGACUGCGGCGGCGCCCAGCUAGCACUGAAGGAAGCCAUCGACGACGGGGUCUUCCCGGGGCCCCGACUCUUUAUCUCGGGCCACGCGCUCUCCCAGUUCGGCGGCCACGGCGACCUGCGGGGCCCGCACGACCAGACCGAAUGCUGCGGCGGGCUGCACAGCAACAACCACCUGGGCCGGCUCUGCAACGGCGUGCCCGAAUGCAUGGCCGCCGUGCGCGAGGAGAUCCGGUGCGGCGCCGACUUCAUCAAGAUCAUGGGCUCCGGGGGCGUCGCCUCGCCCACGGACAAGCUCGAGCAUCUGCAGUUUACCACCGCCGAGCUGGAGGCCAUGGUGGAGUGCGCGGACAACGCGGGCACGUUCGUCACCGCGCACGCCUACACCGUCCAGGCCAUCCGGCACUGCAUCGACCACGGCGUCCGGGGCAUUGAGCACGGGAACUUCGUCGACCCGCCCACGGCCCGGCUGAUGGCCGAGCGCGGCGUCUACCUCACCCCGACCCUGAUCGCGUACGCGCAGAUGGCCUCCGAGCAGUGGCAGGGCUACCUGCCGCCCGAGUCACAGGCGAAGAACGCCCAGGUGCUGCAGUCCGGGCUACACGCCCUGAAGAUCGCGGCGGAGGCCGGGGUCAAGAUGUGCUAUGGGUCCGAUCUGCUGGGGCCGUUGGGGUCGGCCCAGACGCAGGAGUUCGCCCUGCGCGCGCAGGUGCUCUCCCCGCUGGAGAUCCUGCGCAGUGCGACGGUCCAUCCGGCCCAGAUGAUGGGCUGGGGGGAGGCGAUUGGGCAGAUUAAGGAGGGCUUUCGCGCGGAUGUGGUCUUCCUCAACCAAAAUCCGCUCGAGGAUGUCACGGUGUUUGAUCGGCCCGAGGAGCAUGUGCUUGGGGUCAUGAAGGAUGGUCGCGUGUGUAAGAGUCGCUGGAGCGCGCUGGCGGAGGAUGCCGAGAUACCGGUUCGUGUCAAAUAUAACUGAGUGACUUCUGGUAUUCUGGUAGGGGAUGCAUGGAAUUGAUUUCUGAUCCUCCAGUGAAUGAGCCUUCUGGGGGCCUGGCUUUUCUUCUUCUUCAUAAUGCUGGUCUUGUAGAUGCAGCACAAGAAGGUCUUUAUGUGCUGAGCGAGUAGCUCAAACCCCUGCGGAAGUUUUGAUAAGGAAAGCGCGAGACGGCUCAGUCAG